AUGUUGAACAUCCUGUCCGAAUGUUCUGCAACUGUGUGCAAGUCUUUACAGGGACUUGACUACAUCACUGCCAACGGAAGCAAAGCCUUUGAUGACCUGUGUGCUGCUGUGCCACGCCUUCAAAAGUGUGGAUCAGUCUCCAGGGAGUCCAAAGAUGAAUCGCAAAGUUUACUGAAAUCGGGUAAACAUUAUUUGAAGUCCGACUACAAGGUAAAGUGCACCAGAACAGUGGUAAUCCAUCUUGAUUUGUAAUUGUCUUAUAAUUAAUAUAGCAAAACUAAUAACUAUUUGCAGGUUCAUGUGUCGAGAUCGAGCACUGUAGCUGAGCACUGCAGCACAUUUUCUCUGAGUGAUGAAGCAAAAGACAAAUGUUUCAGUAGCACUUGCGACCAUACACACAAUGACGUGUGUCCACAGUGUGAAGCCCUCAACAAUGUGCUGGCCGAUAUUGGAGAUGUCUUCAAUAAUGAUCCCAUUGCCAUCGCAGAGGAUGAACUAGUAGCAUGUGGGCUACACAAGAUGCCAAAGUCAUGGAAAGGGCACCAACUUCGAAGCAUCACACAAGAUGAGUCUCGACUAGACGUUCUGAGGCGGCUUGAUCAGUCAUCGGUGCUUAUAACAAAUGACUGGGCAAUCAAGUACAAUCAUUUCUACCUCAGAAGUACAGGGAAUCACAGUGGGACUGGUUUGCAAAACGAGGGAUCUCCUGGCACAUCAGCGUAG